CUGUCACUUUAAGAGGUUACGGAGGGCCUGGAUGUGAGGUAACGGAGAAGCAAACCCGGAAGGACAAGGAAAUAACUUGUAACAAACAAAAACCAGUGAAAAUGGCGAGCAACGUUAUCAAAAAGGGGAACUCAAACUUAAGUUUUUAGAUACCAAGCGGAUCAAAAAAGGAUCGAUGGAAAAAAGCAACAGAAUCUAAGCUGAGGUCUUCUUAAAUAGACAAUAGCUAAAAACACUGUUGGCAGCCGUGCCUGUUGAAGGUCUCGUGUUUGUUGGCAGUGCAAAUAUUAACCUAUCAAGUUACAGUGGACAAUAGACGGAAUGAUAUAGCCUUGCUCAACAUUUCUGUAAACGUAAGCAACUCGCUUGAUUUUUAAAAAUUACCAUUUCAAAAAAGAAGAAUCAUUCCUGCAGAAGGGUUCUGUUAUGAUCGUCGAGAUUUUGGGACAGGUUCAGUCAUACAAUUAUUUAAAAAAUAAAUAAAUCAGUACGUUAGUAUAUUUUAAUCAAUGUGUAAAUGAUAGAAAGAUAGCAAUGACUCUUGCCGUGUUUUUCGGGUGUGCAUUUAUUGCUUUUGGGCCAGCGUUUGCCCUUUUUAUUUUCACAAUCGCCAGAGACCCCCUGCGAGUUAUCAUCCUAAUUGCUGGAGCCUUUUUCUGGCUGCUGUCGUUGCUGCUCUCGUCGCUGGUGUGGUUCAUUGCCGUGAAGGCCAGCAACAGCGAGGACCUGCGGCUGCAGAGGGACCUGCUCAUAUUUGGGGUCACCUUCUCUGUGGUGCUGCAGGAGGUCUUCCGCUUCGCCUACUACAGACUCCUGAGGAAAGCUAACGAGGGCCUGGCCUCCAUCAGCGAAGAUGACCACUCUCCCAUUUCAGUCCAACAAAUGGCUUACGUGGCUGGACUCGGGUUUGGGAUCAUGAGCGGAGCCUUCUCCAUAAUCAACAUCCUGUCGGACACUCUGGGUCCAGGAACCAUCGGCAUCUUUGGGGACUCGCAGUACUACUUCAUCUCCUCAGCCUGCAUGACCCUCGCUGUGACCCUCCUCCACACCUUCUGGGGCGUGGUGUUCUUCGAUGGCUGUGAAAGGAAGCGCUGGUGGGCGGUUGCUGUGGUGGUGUGCCUCCACCUGCUGGUGUCUGGACUGUCCUUCUUGAACCCCUUCUACUCGGGCUGCCUGCCGCCCGUCUACAUAAUCACAGCUCUGAUGGCUGCCUGGGCCUUCUUCUCCUCUGGUGGAAGUCUCCAGAACCUGAAACACCUCUGGACACGCGGAAGAAACGACGUGGACUCCUCCUAACUCCUCCACCCAGGAUGAGGGAGGAUGACUGCCCUCUCCGUGGCUGACCUGGAGCUCUAUGCCGCCCAGUGGCGGAAGCGCAUCCCAUAAUUCUCCUCUGGUGGAGGCGGACAGGACCAAAAAGAAAAAGUCCGACAUGGUGCCGUUUUUCUCCCAGGUCCACCCGGGGAACACAGCUAACGGCUAACCCUUCGUUUUGUGAAUGCUCUGUAUAUAGCCUGAUUCUCUUUGUUUUUGUUCCUUUUGCUUUGUCUUAAGCAUGCACUUGUGAGUGAGAUCGUUUAAAAAGGCAACCUUUUUAAUUUUUUUAUUUGUUAACAUAGUUCAUUUUUUAUUGAUUUAACAGUUGCCCUUUCCCCUAUUUUAACAUUGUUUUUUAAUUCCAGUCUUAAUCCUAGAAAAGAAAGCUGUGGCUCUCCUAUUGGUCAGCAUUGUUCAGCCUGAGGAAGGCUAUUGGCCCAAUGGAAAGUACUUAUUGUUGGAAUGGCAAGGGAUACUUCCAAAAAAAACAGAUGUUGAAAUUUAAUGAGUUAUAAGUUCUGGGUUGCACCCAAAACAAGUGAUCAGUAUACCAAAGUAGUAAUGGUAAUGAACUGAUAAGUGAGCUCUGUGCAUCUGACAAGGAAUGUUUGACUAUAAAGUUUAAAAAAAAAACGUUUUCCUUUGAAAGUAACACAUUGUGGUUUACAUCCACAGUUAGUUGACAGAAUACCAAAGGGGUAAUGGUUAUUUACCAAAUUUGAUUAACCAUUGUUCUUGCUCAAAAAAAAGAGAGGCCCACUUUAAAGCUUUCCCACUAAAGGUGCUUUUUCUUCUGUUUAUGAGUAUAUUUGUGAAUAAUUUCACCAUAGCAUAGGAUUUUUAAUUUGUUUUAUUUUUCUUGCUUUUGAAUUCUGUCAGGGAUCUUUCCUCCAGACAGUUCUGUGACACUGGGAUUCCAGUCAGUUUCCAUAGAAAGAUCUGGAAAAAUAGAGGGGGUAGAUUCUGGAUAAAAAGAGGGCUUAGAUAAAAACCUUUUUUCUAACUCUCGUCUUUUUCAGCAUUAUUCAUCAGAUUUUUCCGAAAAAAUGUAUUUCGUAAUUUAAGUAUGAUGCAUUUCCAUUUCCCUUUAAGUGUGUUGUUGCAUUGUAAAGUGCAUUGAUGGACUUUGAAACGUUUAUGUACAGUACAUCCAAAAUGUAUUUUUCUUAUGCAAAUGAAUAUUUUCUUUUUUUUGUAUAGCUGUGCUAUCAAACCAUUGACUAGGUGCAAAAGGAAAGUACAGACUCUAACCUACUCUGGAGUUAAGGAGUGCUCUGUAGCCACACUGCCACACUGUUUGUCCUUUUUGGCAUUGAGUGAUUUAAAACAUGCUGUGGUUUUCCCAAGAACAGACAGAGCGGCAAAACUGUUUUAACUCCUGUCUUUAUUUUUAAAACACAAUGGUGCUCUCUCCACCAGCAAUGUAGCAGUAGCUUUGUACCUGGUCUUGUGUUCAGUGUCACUAGAUACAUUUCAUGUGUUUGGCAGUGUAAUUUUAUGUUUACAUGUUAGGAUGGCGAGAAACCAGGUAUUUUAAGCGUUUCUCCAAAAAUGUUUUUUUUACUCCUUUUAAACCAGUCUGUAUUGUCAUGACAAGUGCUUAAAUGUGUACCCCUCUCUCUGCUCCAGGCCCCAACAGAUAAAAAUCCUGUUUGACCCAGUUUUAUUUCACAAGUAUGGAACUACAUUGCCACCUCUGAUGUCACAGGUCAUUAUGAUGUCAUAGGCCAUUAUGAUGUCAUAGGCCCUGGCUAACUCCAGUGUGGGAGAUUAGUCCCUCACACAUUGCAAAAGCAAAAGCUAUCUAUUCCAAGGACAGUGCUAAGUUAUGUAAACUUGUUUAUGCCCCAUGUGCCCAAGGCCUCCCAAUGGCUUCAAUGGAACUGUGUGUCUUGUUAGCCUUGGGUGUGCAGCCAGCCCUCGCACGUGGCAAGUAAUGCCGCAGUCCACAAAAGCCCAGGCUUCCUGGCAGAGAGGUGGUGAUCUCAACUUUUGACUGAAUCUGGAAUUCAGUUGCCAGUUUUCCACCCAAUUAAGCUAGAAGGCAGCAAGGUUGAUUUAGCAGUAGUAUUUCGGAAAUUUAAUUAAUGUAAUGUCUUUUUAUGGUCGUGUGAAGUGGUGGUAGAAGGAAAUUUGCCUGGAUGCAUGUUUGCAUAUCUGCCAGAGCUUCAGAUCACAACAAAUGAGUCACUAUUCUGACCCGAAGCAUGUUAGUGAUGAUGGGAUGCAAAGGGGGCGGAGCCCAUCAAAGUUCAGUGAUUAAGCUAGGACCCUUCAUCAGAGGGGGUUUGCAUGUUUGUGAUUGAGGAGAGGCCUCCAUCAGAUCCCGGGUCACCUCAUUUAAGCCUCGUUUCCAAACCGCUGAGCGUGAAUCAGCAAGAGAGUGAGCAGGAGACCUAAGCCUGGAAGCAUGUUCAAACCAUGAUUGCCACAUCCACUUGUACUGCGUUCACAAAGGCUGUGGCCAUGCCAGCGCAACACGGCUCUUUAGUUGUGGGUUGUGCUCGCAAAAUAAGGGAUCAGUAUUUUGUUGCAUGUGUUUUGUUUUUUUUUUAUUUCCAAAAAGACGUGCAUCUCAUUUUUGUACAGCAUUGGAAGGGGACAUUUGGACCUCUGGUGUUACCAUUAUCUGGGCUCAUAUUUGAAUAGAUCUCCCUUUGGAGUGCACACUGGGACGUCCCUCCUUGUGCAUUGUGAUGGCUAAAAAGGGCCACAUUCCACGUUCCCCUGGACACGAGGACACAAAUCCAGUGCACACUGAUUUCUCCUGUUAUGUGGAAGCAGUGGUUUUUAUGAUGUUAAUCGAAAGCACUUUAACGCCCGAUCUUUACACCCUGCUCCCAUGUUCCCUCGACACGGUCAAACAAAAGACUGAUUAUAGGCGUCCAUUGUAUUUCUGGGUCAUGGUGACCAAUGUCCUACUUGGCUUCUCAGUGUAUGCUUUCUCCUGUUCUUUGUGGAUUGUAGCUGGAUUUCACAUAUGCAGAUUCCAGAAGAGGCAGAUGUACAUUUCUACGUAACUGCACAGACAACUUGUUACCAUUUCAAAUCAGUUUUGCAUAAAAUCUCACUGUUGUAAUUGGUGCUUUGAUUCAUAAUUGAAUUAAGUAAAGAUUAAAAACCAGAACCAAAAAAAAAAAACUGCAUCUAUGAUCAAGCCUCUGUACAUAUUAUUUUUAUUAAGUGCCAAACUUGGGGUCAAACAUCAUUUCACAAAUAUCUUGCAUUUUCUAAUGAUUAAAGGCACCUUUACUGUACAAA